GAAAAUUUUAGAAUUACAUGUAUGAAGACCUAUGGAUUAUGUGCUCUUAAUUUUUUUACCGCACCUGGAUUAGCUUUCCAAUCUAUGCUGAAAAUUAGUAAUAUAGAGCUUGAAUUGUUAACUGACAUUGAUAUGAUUAUGUUUAUUGAACAAGGUAUACGAGGGGGUGUUUCACAAUGUUCUAAUCGAUAUGCAAAAGCAAAUAAUAAAUAUAUGGAAAACCAAUUUGAUGACAAUGAACCUUCAUCAUAUCUUAUGUAUUAUGAUGUUAAUAAUUUAUAUGGAGCAGCUAUGUCUAUGCCUCUGCCUCAAUCACAUUUUGAAUGGGUUCAAGAUAUAUAUGAGUUACCAAAUAUAAUAGAUAUUCCUGAAAAUAGUGACAUUGGUUAUAUCUUUGAAGUUGAUCUUACUUAUCCUCAAGAACUUUUUGAUUAUCACAAAGAUUUACCAUUAUGUCCGGAAAGGAGAAUACCUGCUGGUUCAAAGAUUCCUAAAUUACUUACAACUCUAUAUAAUAAGGAAAAAUAUAUCAUUCACUAUCGUAAUUUACAACAAGCCGUUAGUUUAGGAUUAAAAAUAACAAAAAUUCAUAGAGUUUUAAAAUUUAAACAGUCUUGUUGGUUAAAGUCUUACAUUGAUUUAAAUACAGCAUUGCGAAAAAAUAGUAAAAACGAAUUUGAAAAAAACUUUUACAAACUGAUGAACAAUGCUGUAUUUGGUAAGACUAUGGAGAAUGUUCGUAAAUAUAAAGAUAUUAAACUUGUAACGAAAUGGUCAGAAAGGUAUGGAGCUAAAUACUAUAUUUCACAACCAAAUUUUCAUAGUUGUACCAUUUUUGAUCAGGACAUGGUAAUAAUCGAAAUGAAACGUGUAAAAGUUAAAUUUGAUAAACCAAUUUAUGUAGGAUUUUCCAUUUUAGAUUUAUCUAAGACUUUUAUAUACGAUUUUCAUUAUAACUAUAUUCAAAACAAAUUUGGAGAAAAAGCAAAAUUAUUAUAUACUGAUACUGAUUCUCUCAUCUACCAUUUUUUUGUGAACGAUAUUUAUUACUCAAUUCAGCAAGACAUUCAUAAAUUUGAUACAUCAGACUAUCCUCCUAAUAAUGUGUAUAAUAUACCACAAAAAAACAAAAAAAUAUUAGGUCUUAUGAAAGAUGAAAAUAAUGGGAAAAUAAUGACUGAAUUUAUUGGUUUACGAUCUAAACUGUACACUUUUAGAACUCAAGCACAUAGUUGUGAAAAUUUAAAUGUUAGUAAAAAAGCUAAGGGUAUAAAGUCAUCUUCACUUAAAGCUAUAACUUUUGACGAUUUUUAUCAAUGUCUUUUUAAUAAUUCCACUCUUGAAACUGAACAACAUUUAAUUCAAUCAAAAAAACAUCAAGUGUAUACUAUAGCCCAAAGAAAAAUAGCUCUAUCUCCGAAUGAUGAUAAAAGAAUUAUUAAUUAUUUGUAUACAGAUACAAAACCAUCGAGUUGGGAACUAAGGGGAAACAUUUAGAAAAUCUUUAGAUUUUAUUUAUUUGUUAUAAAACCUCUCAUUUUUUGAAAACAUA